GCGGAACAGAUUAUACUGAACGACACGUUGCCACAAAACGUUAUUGAAGAAACGUUUGGUGGGUGCGCGAGGUGUGGCUUGGAAGCAAUAAGUUACGUAUUUAAAGGGAAAUGGCCAUGCUGUGAGCGUUCCUCAACCCACAACCCAAACACUCUCCGUUUUUCAACUGGUUCUUUCCGCUCAAUUGAAUGCUCCAGAACGUAAAAACGUACUGAACGUAGUCCUGAUGUCUCAGCGCAUUCACAUUUAAUUGGCUGAUAAUUGUACUAUACUAUCAGAAAUAUUAGCAAGUAGCCGUGUAAAGUGUUGCAUUUCCUUCCUCACAAAUUCAACAAAAUAGCUACGCAUACAAAAAUAUACUUUACAAGACAUAUAAAAUGUUAAACAUCUUGAUUGGCUUUAUAACGCGCCCAUAACGUAGUUUAUUACAAAGAAAAUGACUUGUGUCAUAACUGUUCUGGUGAUUAUAGAUGAUUAUAAAUAAAGUUUCUCUCCAUUGAAUCAAGAUGGCGGCCUACACAUCGUCUUUGGCAACAAGAUGUUUAGGUAGAUAUUUAAUAAAACGCACUCAAAACAACAUUUGGAUUUCCACGAGCAGCAUUGCAAAAGGCUACACAACAAGCACAUGUAAUCCAUCCACAUCACCUUUGACCCCCUUGAACAAAGCCAGGUCAGACACCUCGGCGUCCACCAGAACUAUUGAGCAGCACUAUGACAGUCUCAUCCGCUGUGGCUCGCUAGUGGAGGACACUCAACAAAUAGAUGCUCUACGUCAGCUGGGACAACUGCAGAAAACCCUGCGAGGGUAUUCCAACAGCAUCUACCUGACCCCACCCAAGCCUAAGGUGAAGGAGGCAAAAGACAGCAACGCAAAGCAACAGAAAGUAAACGAUUACAGACUGAGCAAAACUGAAGGGGAUGAUGCUCCCACAGAAGAGGAGGAGCGCCUGCUUCCCCUACCACCACCUAGAGGGUUCUAUAUCCAUGGUGAUGUUGGCACAGGGAAGACCAUGCUUAUGGAUAUGUUUUACUCUCAUGUGGAUAACGGACGUAAGAAAAGGGUCCAUUUUAACAGCUUCAUGUUGGACAUCCACAAAAGGAUCCACCGGAGGAAACAAAGCACUCCUCAACGGAGGCUGGGGAAAAUGUUCACCUAUGACCCCAUCUCGCCGGUUGCCAUGGAGAUCAGCAAUGAAACCUGUGUCUUGUGUUUUGACGAGUUUCAGGUGACUGACAUCGCUGAUGCGAUGAUUCUGAAACAGCUGUUUCAGACGUUGUUCAGGACCGGGGUAGUGGUGGUGGCCACCUCCAACAGGCCCCCUGACGAUCUAUACAAAAAUGGACUUCAGAGAGACGCCUUCCUGCCUUUCAUCAACGUGUUGAAGGAAUACUGCCAGCCCAUGGGCGUAGACUCUGGAGUUGACUACAGAAGACUGGACCUGCCUUCAGCAGGGAAACUCUACUACCUCACCAGAGAGCCUGAUGCGGAGGCCUUCAUGGAUACGCUGUUUCACGAGCUGGCUGUGAGACAAAACAAUGUAAUGGGUCCCAGGGUCCUGACGGUGCAGGGCAGAGAGUUGAGACUGGAGAAGACCUGUGGAAACAUCGCUGACUGUACCUUUAAAGAACUGUGUGAUAGACCAGUGGGUGCUAGUGACUACCUGGAGAUGGCCCAGGCGUUUGACACAGUGUUUAUCCGUCAUGUCCCCAUGCUUACCCUCACUCUGAAGGAUCAGGCACGGCGCUUCAUCACACUGAUAGACAAUUUCUAUGACAACAAGGUGAGGGUGGUGCUGUUAGCUGAUGCCCCUCUGGACAGGCUGUUUGUCCACUCUGGAGGGGAGGACGACCGUGACCGCAUGCUACUGGACGACCUGGGCCUGAGCGGGGAUGUGGGGGACCAUCUGUCUCUGUUCACAGCGGAGGAGGAGAUCUUUGCGUUCCAGAGGACCAUCUCCAGACUGACCGAGAUGCAGACAGAGAUGUACUGGACUCAAGGGGACCGCAGUAACACUACAUACUCACAGAGAGGAUCACAGUAAAGUACCCCCAAAGACCUCACAACAAAUGAAGGGGAUGGGUAACCAACAGCAACUUCUCUUUUAGACUGAAGUAUAAUAUAACCAGCAAGAACACCUCAUAAAACACAAACAAUUGGUACAGUAGGGCUCAAUCAAUUAUAUCCCUUUAGACUGGAGUAUAACGUGACAAGCUAAAACACCUCGCAACAGACAGUCAGUCAGAGAGAUAGAGGACUUUUGUUUUAGCAAGUAGUCAACUGGGUGGGACUUCUUAUGGGUUAGGGAAGGAUCACAUGAUUCCAUCCAGGUCACCAGGAGGGAUCAGCCAAUUAAUUAUACUUGUGAGGAAACAUUUCAUAACUGCAGGUGGCAGUAAAUCGCCAACCUUGUAUUUAUACUUGUUCAAACAACCCACUCUAGGUGGCAGUGUGCACCCUUUCAGUUUUUUUUGCCAACUCAUAAAAGUAAUAGAAGAAGAUUGACUACUUAAAAAUGGAGAUGCCCUCAAUGGCACUCCCCAUGCUGUCACAGAUGCCAUACUGGGACAUACAACGAUGCAAAGUCUAUGGAACUAACCAAUAAACACUCAAAAUUUAUUGACCUAUCUCCCUCACGUACUUUAAAGGGAACUGACGGGAACAAGAGAAACUCAUUCAUGUCCCAUAUUAGUCUUCCUAAAACAUACAUGGAGAACAGAGGGAGGCAUAGCUACUUAUAAACUGGGUGGUUCGAGCAAUGAAUGCUGAUUUGGCUGACAGCCGUGAUAUAUCAGACCAUAUACCAUGGGUAUGACAAAACAUGUAUUUUUACUGCUCUAAUUACAUUGGUAAGCAGUUUAUAAUAGCAAUGAGGCACCUCGGGGGUUUGUGCUAUAUUGCCAAUAUACCACAGCUGAGGCCGGUGUUCAGGCACUCCGUGUUGCAUCGUACGUAAGAACAGUCCUUAGCCGUGGUAUAUUGGCCAUAUACCACACCCCCUCUGGCCUUAUUGCUUAAUUAGCUAAUUAAGCAAUAAGGGGCGACACAUCAUCAGUAUGCGCUGAAGGGAUGGAAAUAUGAACUGAACAUCUUGGUGGAUAGCUACCGCCCCCCUAUGGUUGGGUUUGAACUGUGCCACUAAAAAAUAUAAAAUGAAGUGCUGUACAUGUAAUUACAAAAUACAUAGAUCAAGGAAGAAAUAGCAGUGAGUAUACAUGAGGUAUGUAGCCAGCCAUCUGCCCUGUAAAAAUGCUAAAUGUAAUGUAUUUGUGCCUACUGUGUAAUAAACCAUGCAGUAGAAUCUAAAGGUGAAGAGAAAGGUGUCUUGAGCCUUUUCAAGGAUGAAACUGCAAAGGAAAAACAUACAUUAUUACUUAACUAUUUGUCUUAGGAAAUGUUAGAUGUGUUGGAUGAUUUCAGAAAGCAAAAGCUGCACACUAGUAGCUCUAACAGUGUUGUGUUCGAGACCACCUAAAGCCCGAUUCAAGACCGGGAGGGGGGAAAGACUGGGAGGGGGACAAGGGGUCUGAGGCAAAAAGCCAGAGACCAGAAAAGUCCAAUUCAAGACCAUGAUUGUAAUUUUGUCAAAUCACCACCAUAAUAAGAGUUCAAAAUGUCCAGUAUUUCUGGGUUCAUAUUUCAGAACAAGAAAUGAAUUCUUUAGACAUUCAGAAUAGUGAAAAAAUGCAUGCUAAAGGAGAAAAUAAAGCCACUCUACAAAUUGUUACUAACCCAAACAGUGGGGAACAAUGGGCUUUAUAUGCCUUCAGAGAAGGGCUAAGGAUUUCUAAAAUAAUGAUUAUAAUAGUAUAACAAUAAUAAUUAUAUUAUUAUUUUCAAUGAUGUUCUGAUUUAAUCUCUUCAAUUUUUGUUGGAAAGGGUUGGAGUGACAGUGGAAUCAACCAAUUGCAUUUUGACUUAAUGAGUGGAACUGUAUUUACAAAAACAUAUGGAAACUUCUGCCUUCUUGAAGGCCAAAAGGUUACUGUGCAAUAGCGAGCAGUAGUUUUCCCUAGCUAGCUUUUGUUGUUGGCUAGUUUGCAGCAGGUGUUGUCGAAGAGGAUGUUGUUGCUAAUUUGUUAACUUCUUGUUGGAAGUUAUUCUUGAAAAGGGAGAAGCUAAAUUUCAAAUGAUCAUCUGGUGAGUGGAACUGUGUUUUUUCUUAUUGCAGUGGUGUUAGCCAUGUUUUUCUUAUUGCAGUGGUGUUAGCCAUGUUUUUUCUUAUUGCAGUGGUGUUAGCCAUGUUUUUUUUUAUUGCAGUGGUGUUAGCCAUCUCUUUGAUGUGUGUGAAACAUUGUUGCAUUUAAAGUGGAACUGACAACAUUUUAGCAACAUAAAAUCUUUUCAUAUACA